AUGUCCUCUUCGUCUUCUUCUACUAAUACUUCUUCCAAUGGUUGCCAGUUGGUACACCAUGGUGCUGCAGUGACUUCCUCGACCAAAGUGUUGACUUGGCUUCCUUCUUCUGGCAAUGAUACGCCAACCAUUGCGUUCGCGUCGCAUGCCAUGAUCAAUGUGGCGCGUCCCGUGGCGGUCAGGUUUCCUCGCGACAAACAACAAGAACAACAAGAAGAAGAGAAACAAGAACAACAAGAGAAACAAGAUGACGAAUGGAUUUGGAAUGUCCAAGAGACGUUGCGAACAACCCUCUGUUACAGUGUAAGUCCUACCGCAAAGGUACCUACCAUUACGGCCUUGUCGUACGUCAAGCCAGUGGCUACAGAUACUACUACUACAGAUAGUAAUAGUAGUACACUGGCGGCGGGCUUUUCCAAUGGCAGUUUGUCCGUGUGGACAAAGCAAGACGAGACGAAUCAGGAAUGGAACGAAACCGUGUGGAUGGAUGCCAUUGCCACGGCAAAGGAUAGUACGACGUCAGAAGCGCCUCGUUCCAUUACCGAUAUUCAGGGCAUUCGUCUGCCCCACAAUCAUACUAUUUGGUUGGCCGCCUGUUCGUCGGCAGGAGUCACGCAUCACUCCUAUCAAAAUGACAACAAGACCCAUCGGUCGUCCCUAGUGACACACCAUACCGCCAGUACCGUGCAAUGGGAAUCUCUAUCCGACUCGACACUUUUGCUACUGAUUGGAACGGCGGCACCCCGACACAACAAAAUCAUGAUUUAUUCCAUUCCUAUACCAGCAAGCACAACCACAGACAAUCAUCCAUUUCACUACUGCGGAGCUCUCACUGGACACGAAGAUUGGAUUGGGUGCUUGGCGUGGCAACAAACACUAUCGUCGUCACCCGAGAAUGGCUCGUACAUGCUGGCAUCUGGGAGUCAGGAUUGGAAGAUUCGGCUGUGGAAAUUCACCACCACGGCCGUCAAGGCAGAAAUCAUAACAACAACCACGACAAACGAGGAGGAUCAAGACGAAAACCUUGAGGAUGACGACGAAGUCGAUGUCGAGGAUGAAGAAGACUUUGAAGAACACGAAUCCCGAAUGGAUAUUCUCUGGCACGACGAACAACAACCAUAUCAAACCAGUGUGUCGUUGGAAGCCUUGCUCUUGGGACACGAAGGACCCGUCACGGCGGUCGAGUGGUAUCCAUCACAAUCAUCAGAACAACUAUCAUCACAACAAUCAUCAUCGUCAAUAUUACUCUCGAGCAGUAUGGAUCGCAGCAUUUAUCUGUGGUCGCCGUCGCAAGAUGAUGGCAUUUGGACCCCCGUCACACGCGUCGGCAGUGCCGGAGGCAUUCUGGGAGGAUCCGUCGGGUCCACGCUCUUGGGAUAUCUCAAUGUUCUUAUUCAACCGCCCUGGUUGAUGGGACAUGCGUACGGGGGUGCCUUGCACAUUUGGCAUUCCAGCAACAAUAAUCCACAUUUCUGGAACGCCACACCGUGUCUGACGGGACAUUUUGAUGGAAUUACCGAUUUGUGUUGGGAAUCGACUUUUGGAGAGUACCUCCUCACAGUCAGUUUGGAUCAGACAUGUCGUCUCUGGGCGCCACUACAAACCAACUCAACCAACAACAAUAAAAAGUCGGCAUGGGUCGAAGUGGCCCGGCCGCAAGUCCACGGAUACAACUUGUCCGCCAUUACAUCACUGUCGUCACCCGACCAUCGACACUGGAUCGUCAGUGGAGCCGACGAAAAGGAAUUGCGAAUCUUGGAUGCACCCAUGACCACCGUGCGGAUCCUGCAAGCCAUUUCAGGAACGAAUGACAGCAGCAGCAACAAGGAAAACAUCGACAGGGUCGAACGGGCGUACAUUCCUUCACUGGGACUGAGUAAUAAAGCCACAGCGGCCGAUGGUGCCGAAGAAGAUGUACACGGGAUAGAUGACGACAACAACAACAAUGCGAGUCGAACUGUCAAUCUUCCUUUGGAGAGAGAUUUGGGGGCAUUGUCGCUGUGGUUGGAAACACGCAAACUGUUUGGCCACAAUACGGAACUCUAUUGUGUCACGUCCACACUCGAGGCCAAGACAGCCGCAAUGCUGGGCAAACAAGACGACGAUGUGCUCCUACUAGUGGCAUCCACCACCAAGGCACGUGAUGUGGAUGCCGCCGCCAUUCGUAUCUGGAAUCCACAAAAUGGCGAAUGCGUACAGGUUUUGUCGGGAGGGCACAAGUCAACCGUCGCCACCAUGAGCUUUUCACCCGAUGGAGGCAAAUACUUGGCGUCGGCGGGAAAGGACCGUCGACUAUGCGUCUGGAAACGCUCUUCGGACGGCAAUCAGUACCACCUGGCAGCGGCCAAGGACACGGCGCACAAACGCAUCAUUUGGUCGGUGCACUUUUGUCCCUAUGAUUCCACCAUCUUGGCGUCGGGUUCGCGGGAUGGAAAUAUCAAGAUAUGGAAGUUGUCGGACAAGGACGAUGAACUGACAAUGGAGCCUCUCUUUAGCUUUGCUCCUGCUACACAGAAUCAUGCUCAAAAGCCCGAUUCGGUGACGGCACUGGCAUUGGCGCCUAGACCACUGCCGCAAAACAACCAUGCACUGCUGGCGAUCGGGUUGGAGUCUGGUUUAAUGGAACUGUGGUCCAUUCCCAUUGACUCGUCGGCUACCGAGGAUGCAGCCCCCCAACUGAUCCAGUGCUUGCCGGGGAGCAUGUGUCAUGUGGCAACCGUUACAAAGUUGACGUGGCGACCUCUACGCAACGAAAACAGUGAUGUUUUGACUCUUGCCAGCGGCUCGACGGAUCAUGGUUGCCGUGUCUUUGAGAUCGAAACUAGCAGCCUCUUGUAA